AUGCAACUGGUAUAUUCACCCGAUGACGAUGGAAACGUCGAACUCAAAAAGAAGCUUCAGAGAAUCAUGCCGACACAAAUUCAAGAUAUCAUAGCGACUACGAUUCUUCUCCUAAUCCUUCCAAUUGGCUUUUCUAUUCACUACCUUUACGUCCUUCCAACAUGGUAUCCAGUGAUGGGUGAAGCGUGGGUCAUUCGAGCUGUGGCGAUUGGAUUAGGAAUUUUCAACGUGUACACAAAUUGGUUUUUCAUGGUCAAAACGGGACCAAACGGCAAGCACUCGAUGCUUCCAAAUGUGGUCAAGCCGGGAUUCAAGCACUGCCAUAGCUGUCACUCGAUGUCCCCACCAAGAGCUCAUCACUGCCCUGUUUGUGACGUAUGCGUUCUUCGCCGUGACCAUCACUGCUCAUUUGGAGGCGUUUGCGUCGGACACUUCAAUCAGAGAUACUUUGUCGCCGCUGUCAUUAAUCUUUUCCUCUUGACUAUGCCACUAGUCUCCUACGCCUGGUCUCUCUUGAACCUGAAGCUUGCCGGUGGAGUCAGCGUCGGAAAUAUUUGGCAAGUGAUGCUCCCUCAUCUCGCUUGGACGUUCGGAUUCAUUUCUUUCAACCAAUUCGCCCACGUUCUCCUCUUUGUCUUCACCUUCACCACCUCGCUUUUCGCUUUCUACUUGGUAACUGCUCAAGUUUUCUGCCUGUUCAAGGGACAGACCAGAAUCGAAUUUCUUAUGGAAGUCCAUGCCUAUCAACUUGGAUUCGUCGAAAAUCUUCGUCAAGCUCUCGGAUCCCGCUGGCCAUUCAUCGCCAUCUCGUGCUUCAUCCCAAGUCCUCUGCCAACUGAUGGACUCAGUUUUGUCACUCGUGAAAUGUUCAAUCUUCACACCAAAGAUCUCUAA